UGACGUCAGCUUUCAAAUUCUUCUGACUGCCGUGCGGUGAGCUGCUGAACAACGAGCGUGUGCAGAUUCGCCUUUGUCUUGCUGACUGCUUUGAACAAUUGUUGUAAGUGUACAGCUGGAUCGUACAGAAACCUAGUUCUUACACUAUUAAGAGUUGAACAUUAUCAGUGAAGCAAUGGCGGACUCUACCGUGACUGAGAGCAUGAACGGGAAAGCUGAAGGCACUGAAGCUCCCAAGAAAGCCCGGUCGGCCCGGCCCAGCACUCUCGACAAAGUAGUGGAGGCCCUACAAGCCUGUAACGACAACCCCCGUAAAGGCACCAGUGUGAAAGCCAUCAAGACCUGGAUCGACGCUAACUACCCUGACAGCACGGCCACGCAUAAGACCCUCCUUAGGAAGGCCCUGGAGACGGGCAUGGCUCGGCAGCUCAUCGAGAGACCCAAGAAAGACAAUGCAAGCAAGGGUGUGCUCAUGGGGUUUUACAGACCGACCAAGCCCAAACCGGCCCCCAAGGCCGUCAAGAAAGCAAACCCCAAAGCAAAACUGUUGAAGAAAGCCAAGGCUGAUGCUGUUGCCAAUGCGGAGCGUCGUAGCCGCUCGGCAACACCGAAGGGAAAGAAGUCCAAGCCCGUACCCCGGGCCCGUGCGCGGUCCGUCAGCGCCACUCCGCGGGUCAGCAAAUCCAAGAAAAUCCGGAGCCGGUUGAGUAAGUCGCAUUCCCCGCUCCGCACACCCAAGCUGAUCAAGCCCAAAGCCAAAGCAACAGCAGCUGGACGCAAGAAGACAGCAACUUCACCAGCCUUGGCUAAAACCAAGACGGCGGCCAAAACGAAGAAAUCCCCAGCCAAGAAAGCGGCCAAGAAGUCACCAGCGGCCAAGGCGGCGUCCCCGGGGAAAACCACGGCCAAGAAAACCACCAAAGCCGCUAAGCCAGCGGCCAAAGCCGCCGGGAAGACCACGACAAAAGACGGUGGGAAAAAGAAGAAAUGAACAGAAAUGAACAUUUGUUUUAAAUACUUUUAUUCUUAAAUUUCUAGGUGUAUUUUUAUACGAGAUAAUAUUUGCAGAGGUUUGGAUGUACAUGCACAAGGGCAGUCUAUACAUUUAUUCUAAUUUCUUUUCAAGAUUAAUAACUUCAUGGUUGUUUUUAUUGGAUGGUACAAAGCUCGGCAGCAAUUCGAACCAGUAUAAAUAAAUUAUUGUGCACACUAAAUGUUCCUCUUUCAAACAUUAUAAAACUCGUCCAUGGAUAUGACAAAAAAUUGACUUUUUUGUUUGUUUUGAAGAACUUUACCGUUUAUUUUGCCCUCUAUUUUUUUUGUCAAGUUUACUGUAUUUUGUUUUGCAAAGUUGAGUGUAAAUUAAAGUAAUCUAAUAAUAACAAUGUCGAUCUUUUGUACGUUCUUUAUAAUUGGUGUCCAGUUAUAGGUUUUUGCCUUAAGUCAGACGAGACCUGCAAUAUCACGGAGAUUCUAUUUUUUUUUCUCCAGGGUAUCCUGCGAAUAUAGUUUAAAAAUGUUCAAGAGAGUCUUUCUGAAUACCCAAGUUCCCUGAAAAUAAGUAGGCUUACAUGUACAGUUGUAUACAGUUUGGUUCGAGAGAUAGCAAAGU